AUGGACGAUCCUCUCAUGCCCCGUCAACUGCUGUAUGGAGAACUUGUGCGCGUUACAAGGACACUGAAAAAACUUGAGGCUUCAGACAGCGACAGAAGUCAAUGGUGCUCACCGACCCUCACUGCUCCCACCAGUUUCGAGGACGACCGCGUCACAGACUCAUGGCAGCAGCCUAUGAACGAAGCCAAAGAACAUUCUCUGCUGAUAUCACAACAACGGAGUUCCAGUGUCCCACCUGCUCCAGACUCUGCGCUUCCAGAUUGGGUUUGCAGAGCCACCAGAGAAUCCGUGGAUGAUCACACAACACGCAGUCCACAACACGCAGUCUUCUUCGGACACGAUGGACAACCACCAAACAAGCACCUUUGAGCGAGGAGUUCUUUCGAAAGUUGCGCCACAUUUUAUCGUCACGCACUUCUUUCGCUAGCAAAAGAAAACAAGUAUUGUGACUUCUCUAGAACUAUAAUGUAACGCAACAAAAUGACAUGUGUCCAAGAACAUGUGUCGGAAAUAAUGGUCUAUAUUGUUCUAUAUUUUAUUUUAUUAGCUCCUUUAGGCACUUUAUAUCGAGUGGUUGUAUGCAAGCUACUAGUUUAACCAAGUCCUCUUGUUUGUGUUAGAUUCAACAGUCUUUCCACAGUUGUCAAUGUUCUCCUGCCAAGAGGCGCUGAUCCCUCCCUGAGAGGGAAAAAUGGGAACACCCCACUUCACUUAGCAGCGCGUGGAGGACAUGAGGAGAUCGUUAAAGUUCUUUUGGAUCAACCUUCCGUUGAGGUUGACGCUAAAGAUAAUUCUGGAAAAACUGCUCUGCAUUUUGCCUGCAGCGAAGGCCACAGAAAGGUUUGUCAAAUCUUGUUGAACUUCGGAGCGGACAUAACAGCGAUUUCAGCGGACAAGACAACUCCGCUUCAUAGUGCCAUUUUGAAUGGACAUUCAGAGGUUGCCAGGGUGAUUUUGAAGCGAGGUUAGAGGUUAUUGAUUUAACAGUAAUUGCAGUAACUCCUUCAGAGUGUAAACAGUCCGAGCCUUAUUUAUCUAUUAUUUAUUGAACGAUCCCCUCUGGGUCAUUAAAUUUAGGUCUUCUUAACGAGUUAGUCAUAUAAAUCUGGAAGCGUCUCACUGUGAUACAAGUCCUCCGUGAAAUUCUGGUGACGACAGAUGAAUACCGACGGUUAAUUUGCUGGAAGGCACACAUUUCAUUUAAACGCUCAAUUAUGCACUACUAACAACUAUGUACAAAUUGCCUGAUGGUAUCCACCUGCUUAAGUGGCGGUAUGAGAAUCGGUUAGUGCUUUAUCCGCCGCGCGUACACUGUAUAGCUAGCCACGACGUUUUUCGGCUGCAUGCUGCGGGAUCUCAGUUUGACUCGUCCCCAUUUCUCUCCCUGCUUUAUACCCCCCCAAAAAAGCAGCAAUGGCACUCAUAGAAAGAAGCAGUCGCGCAGAUAAAUCUCGCCACCUUCCUAGGCUAGUAUAAAUAUAGUGAGAUUGUGCAGAGGACAGCGCCUGGGGACUAGACUCCUAAAGGUCGUCGUUGGUCGUAAUAAUGGGGUGAUUGUAUGGCGAAAGUGCAAUAUGUAAGUGAAUUCUCCCCUUAACUUGCUAUCAUUGUUGUUGUACUUUACAGCUGCCGACAGAGAUGUAGAUACUAACGAGAAAGAACUUUUGGGAAUUCGUGACUUACAGGACAACACAGUCUUACACAUGGCCACAUGGAAUAAUGACGUCAAGGCUGCUGCGUUAUGCCUUGAGAAAGGUGCUGAUGUCGACUGUCUUAAGUGUGGCUCGGUCACCGCCCUUCACAUGGCGGCAACGAAGGGAAAUCUUGAGGUAGCGGACUUGCUUAUUUCAAGAGGUGCUGAUGUGAACAAGAAAGACGGGGACUCCAAAACACCUCUCCACAGGUUAAUUUAAUUUGCAUUGAAUAAGACUAAGCAAUGCUGAUUACUUUAAGUGUUGAAUGGACGUUCCAUAGAAUUUUGCCCACAGUCUAGAAAAUUCUAAGCUAAAACAUAUUGGUAACGUUGUUGGUGACCUAAAUGUUUGUCAUGUAGUUGCAUGUGGAACAAAACAUACAAACGCAAAUUUCCCUUCUAGGUCUCAAGAAAAUGAUUAUUUAAUCAGUGAAGAACAUUCUUGUUUCCAGAUGCAUGUCGGUUCGCUCAUCAAUGUUCCUAGUUUUGCAGGACCUUAAAAGUAUCCCCAUGUUGUCUUCUUAAUUACCAGUCUGGGAGCGAAAAAGAAGAAAAGCAGCGUUUCUUAAAUUUUAAGCUACAAUCACUUAACUAACCCGUUGAUUAUCGUUCCCAUGUAGGGCCGCUAUGUUUAACCAGUUAAACGUAAUUGAAUUUCUUGUGAAAAAGGAGGCAAAAAUUAAUGCUCGUGACAGCGAAGGACGUUCUCCGUUCCUGAAUGCUGUUGCUGCUGGGCACGUGGACUGCGCCCGAGUUCUUCUCAAACUUGGAGCUGAUUUGAGCGCAGCGGACUUGCAUAUGAAAAACUGUCUUCACAUUGCGGUAGAGAACGAGCUCUUAGAGAUGCUAUCAAUGCUUUUGGAAAGUCGUGCGGGGGUACGCUGUUUAAACAGAAGAGAUUUGAAGGAUAGAGUUCCUCUGCACUACGCGGCAAAGACAAGAGACAUCAAGGUAAAUUUGUAACGGAACUGUUAGAAAGCAAUUCAACAGCACUUGUUUUAUCAAGGGCAGAAAACUUGACAUGACGGCACCUUUACAUAGAAGUGACUAUAAUACAGUCGAGCCUCUAUAAAGGGGAAUUCUAUAAGCGACCACCAUCUCUUUCCUCUCCAUUUACCUUAGUCCGGGCGGAGAAAAGUUUCAGUAAAUAACUGUAAACAGUAUCCCUAUAAAGCAGCCUCCUGUUAUUUCUUCAAGUACUUUGUUAAAGGCAGAACGCGAUAUUCGUUCAAAAGAAUUAUUUUCCCGGCUCACUGGUUAGUUAAUCGCAAGUCACAGCUAUCUCCCAAAUAAGUAAGUAAGUAAAGCCUUUAUUUAAAGAGGGUAGCACUUAAUAGCCAAAGGCUAAUAAACUUGUGGCCCUCAUAAAAUACACAACUAUUUACAAUCUAAUAAAUAUAGUAAGCUAAAAUAUAUAAACAAUUAAAAUAAAACAGGAUUCGAAUUUUAUAAAAAUAAAAAAUUAUUAAAUGAUAAAAUGAUGCAAACAUUGUUGUUCCUUAAAAAUCUUGGCAAACAUGUUCUUUUUAAAACAUGCUACAGAAUCUAGUUUCCUAAUUUCAAUUGGUGUACUAUUCCACAGUCUUGUUGCCGAAACAGCGAAAGAGCGUCCUCCCUCUGUUUCUCUUCUAUAUUUAGGACAAACAGCAUUAAUGCUUGAAUAUCUAGUGUUGCGGGAGUGCCGCUUAUUAUUCAAAAUUAAGUGUUCAUUUAGAUAAUUCGGCAAAUACCCAUUAAUUCGCUUAUACAUUAUUAUGCAUUUAUCUAUCUUAUGUUGCUCAUAAAACGGAAUCCAACCUAGCUUGUUAAACAAAGCAACUGAUGGUGUCAUGCGAUCGGCAUAAGAAAUAACGCGUGCCGCACGUUUUUGCAAUCUUAAGACCCUAUAAACCGACUCUUUAUCACAAUUUGCCCAAACAACGUUAGCGUAAGACAUAACAGGGCGAAUAAUGCUAUUAUAAAACUGAAGUCGCUGUUUAAGAGGUAGACAGGCUCGAAUCUUACGCAGUAUUGCGAUUCUAGAGGCCAACUUUUUACAUACUUUCUCAAUAUGUUCAUCAAAUGACAAUUUGCUGUCAAUUUCUACGCCUAAUAAGGUAGCACAAUCCACAUUACUGAGCUGUUUUCCGUUUACGAAAACAUCUAUGUCACUUCCAUUUAUGUUAGCCACACAUCUUUUCCCAGUGAUCGUGAGUACUUUAGUCUUGUCUUCAUUUAAUGGGAGCUUAUUCGCUGAAGCCCAUAAUUGAAUUUCAGAGACAGACUUAUUUAGUGAUGAACUUAAGGUGGCUAAGUUUUUCACAUCCGCAAAAGCAGUGACAGUCGUAUCCUCUGCGUAAAGGUCCAACUGAGCACUUGUAUACAAGGGCAGAUCGUUGAUAAACAAAAUGAAGAAUAAAGGACCUAAAAUACUGCCCUGAGGGACUCCAUGCAACAUCAAAGCUUCGCUUGACUCACCCCCAUUUACACGGACCACUUGCUUCCUAUCCAACAAAUAAGAGUGACACCAGGCAAGCUCCCGGUUGGCUAUACCGUACAGUUCCAACUUGCGCAACAAUAGCUUAUGGUCCACCAUGUCGAAAGCCUUUCGAUAAUCAACCAGGACCAUGCCGCAUACAUGAUUAUUAUCUAGGCCGAACAAAAGCUCGUCAACUAACUUGAUUAGAGCAGUCUCGGUACUGUACAUCCUACGAAACCCAGACUGUCUAGAAUACAGCAAGUUAUAUGAACACCUUCUCGACAUCACGGUAGGUCGUCUGGCUCUCACAUGUUUGCAACUGGUGGUGACUGACGGGAAUGCCAUGUAAGUGAUAGGGAGCCUACAUCAGUUAUUUUCUAAGACGGACAUUCUUAGGAAUGAAUAACGACAUGGACCAUCUUUACAGCUUCAAGGUGUCCAUUAAGGAAGAGUUACUGUAUUUGAAAACAGUCAAACUUACUCUCUUUCAAGUGGCCUCCCUUGAAGAAGGAACAAGUGUCCACUCUAUUAGGUGUUUUGUGUUAAGUGGUGUACUGACAAGUUUGUUCGCCGAUACUCUAGGAACUUACCGAUAGAUGACAGCUUGACCCUUUAAGCCCCAGUAUCAGCAUGUGUAAUCUCUGCACUUCUCUUUAUACAUUCUUAUGGUCCUGCUCGAGAACAUUUGUUCAAACAUCAAGGUAUUUUGUCUGUAGUGAUUAUUUCGUUCAUUCUCGUGACCUGUAGCGUGCUGUUGUUGGGAGAAAUUGGAAGCUGGUCACUAUUGAAGCUUAAAGAAUUAAUGAGGGGCCGCUUAAUAGACAUUCGGCUGUAGUGUAGGAGAUCAAUAAAUGACACUGACUCUGGCAUACGGUUUCAUGUUUGUAGAUUUUAGAGCUCGUCUUAUCCAAGCAGAAGCACUUGGGCUUCAGCGAUGAGAGUCAGAAGACACCGCUUCACCAUGCAGCAGAAAAGGCCUCAUCCAAACACGUUGAAGUUCUGGCAAAGCACAUGUCUGAAAUAAAUGCGCGAGAUGAACUUGGCCGAACACCAUUGCACAGCGCUGCAAUGAAAGGGCAGAGGCAAGAGAUAUAUUCUAGAAUAUUCUUUUAUUUCUUCACAGUUAUCGCUGUUUUUCCAUUAUGGGUGAAAGCGAUCUUUGCUACUUGUUUGGAUACAGAGUCGACCAUAGAUCAAAGAUGUCCUCACAAGCAAGCAAUUAUAGUGACGUAAAACGUCAAAACUCGAACGUUACAUUUUUUACGACUAUUAAAUCGUCCUUUGUUUUGGAAGAAUAAAUGUGUCUGAAUUAAUAAAAAAGGUACCUACAGAAAUUUCAAGUGCGUUUUAACAAUUUGACCCUUGAGCUGAAUAAAAAGCAGUUGAAAGUCGCUAGUUAGGGCUUAAAACGAAUAAAUUAAUCGCUGGAAACACACGAAAAGUUGCUCUUGGCAAAAGCAACCGAUUUGUAACAGACCUACAAUCCAUCUUUCCUGACCCCACAAUCGGGUGUCUAGACAAAAUUAUUUCAACUAAACACUCACAAAGCGUUUUUAUGCUUGUACACAAUGUUCUUAUAACACGAGCGCCACGACAUACCUGAAAUCUGUCUGUCAACAACUUCAGGAAAUCACACAAUUAACCACGUUCGCGGCACUGCCAAAACUAUCCACAACCAACCAGGGACAAUGUUUCCACACUUAAUACAGGUGUUUCGAUAAAGUUUUUCAGAGGCCAUACCGAUAUUUUUCAAUCGCCUUAAAAGUGUUUUUUUCCUUGUCUGAUCGCUAUAAAAUUUUCACCAGUAAUUGGCUAUGGAUUGAAAUUUGUGAAAAUGUAGUUUUAAUUAAAAUCGCUAUUACUAUGACAACAAGAAACAAAAGAACUUUUAAAUUGAUAAAAGCCGAAUUUUGUGUGAUCUAGACCAGCUACUGAAAAUCCAACACUAGGAACUUAAAGUUUGGUGUUUAGCAAACAAUCUUCGUAAGACGUAAAAAAAUUCAACUGAAACGAAAAUAUUUUUCCAAUCUUAAAUUUUAAAUAGCCGUCAUAGAUUAUUUAAUAAAAACGUUAUAAAUGACUCAAAUUAUUUUUAUGUAGCGUCAGAAUGCUGCUUAAUAUCAUAUUUCGAUGCUAGGAAAUUUUGGUGUAUUUUCGUUCUUGCGAUCUUGAAAACUAACCCAUUUUCUCACCACCUGUAUAAGUGCAACUUCAUUCAGAAUUUGGACUUUUAGCGCUUUCUUGUAUAUCUCUGAAACGACUCGAACGAAUUUUUUUAAAAUCUCCUCACGUAAUCUUCAUAAUGUAUAUAAAAAUGUCUGAAACUUUCAUGAAGAUUGAUUCACUGCAACACCAUGAAAUUUCAAGACAAACGUAUCCUACGAACCGGUCAAAAAUCUGCGUUACAACAUUCACUGUUUUGACGUUAAGCUAUUUUUUCCAAAAGAAUGCAUACUAUACAUAUCUCCAUGACUAGUACAUUUUAGUUUGAAUUUAUCGCACCUUUUGAAUGUAAAACAUUGACAAUACUCACACUGAAAUUUACUAGUCAUGGAUAUAUGUAUUGUCCGCAUUAAUUUAGAAAAAUUAGCAUAACGUCAAAACAGUGACUGCUAUAGCGCGGAUUUUUGACCGGUUCGUAGGAUAGUUUUGUCUUGAAAUUUCAAGGUGUUGCAGUUUUAAGAUCGCAAGAACGAAAAUACGCCAAAAUUUCCUAGCAUCAAAAUAUGAUAUUAAGCAGCAUUUUGACGCUACUUAAGAAUAAUUUGAGUCAUUUAUAACGUUUUUUUAAAAAAUAAUCUAUCACGGCUAUUUAAAAUUUAAGGUUUGAAAUAUAUUUUCGUUUUAGUCGAAUUCAAACAUACAGAAUUUUUUACUUCUUGCGGAGGUUAUUUGCUAAACACCCAACUUUAAGUUCCUAGUGUUGGAUUUUCAGCAGCAGGUCUAGAUCGCGCAAAAUUAGGCGUUUAGCUAUUUCAAAGUUUCUUGUUUAUUGUUGUCAUAGUAAUAUCGAUUUUAGUAAAACCUACAUUUUGACAUAUUUCAAUCUAUAGUCAGUCAUUGGUGAAAAUUUUAUAGCGAUCAGACAAGGAUAAAAUCACUUUUAAAGCGAUUGAAAAAUAUCGGUAUGGCCUCUGAAAAACUAUAUCGAAACACUGCUGACACAGUCGAUUUAUUCAAGAUCCCGGAAGUAGAACAGCCGUUUUGAAAGGGACAUAUAGAGGCCGGCCUUCAAAACAAGUUUUAACUAAGUCUCUGGCCUGGUCAGAAAUCAGCUUCAAUUUUGCUCGCGCCGAAUAGAUUUGACUCCAACAAACUACUUUUUGAGGCCAGAGACUCGUCACCGCCAAAUCAACGCUCGCAAUAUGCUGCCUUUCCGUCUCAAGCCCGAGAUCAGUGUUUCACCCGUUUAGCCAAAUCCAAAAUGAGACGAAAUAUGGUAACGUGUUGGACGACGGCAGACUUUGCCAAUCGUGAGAGUUGUUUCUUCAUAAGGCUUAAUGAUGCUUUCCGGAAAACUUUGUUGCAGGGGGCCAAAAAGAAAUCUAGAAAAUUAACCGACGACGGAAAACACUUUCUACCGCGGGCGCUGAUGGCAAAUGUCAUAGCGUUUUAUGACAAGUAGAGAAUUAUGGGAAAUGGUAGGUAGGGGAGAGGUGGGGGAGGGGUAGGGAAGAUGUAAAAGGCAUAUUUGACUCAUGUUUUUUCAUCUACUGCAGCUCGUAAGGGGAUUUUUGUAGUGAAAAUAUCAUUUUAAAAAAAAAUGUCAAGUACUGAAGAAGCCUCAAAUGAGAAUGUUGCUAAAAAGUCCUGAAGGUACCUCUUUACAAAUCCAGACAGAAAUAAAAUCGACUGCGAUUACCGAAUAGGCAAGUGUUAUGUUUUGACUGCCCCCUGAAAUACCACGUAACAUUGCUUUUAUUCCAUCAAUCCUAAAGCGCUUGAAAAGAUGGCGGGUAUCGUGCAUAAGGUCUAUUCCGUAAGUCGAUUUCAGUUCCAUCCGUUACUUAAUUCUAUUUACCAUUUGCAUAUCCCUCAUUAUACACUUUGCUUAGCGCCCCCCCCCCCCCGCCAAAAAAAUGCAUGAACGUAUUGCGGUCGUCCCAAUUGAAGACAAUGCUUAUUCAAUAUGCAUUUUUUAAGCCGUGGAGGGGGGGACAAGGUGUGUUAUGGGAGAUUGCAAAUGGCGAAUAAGAGAAUCCAAUGCAUUUUUAACAGUGUAUGUAAGUAUCGCAUAUUGUUUUACCAAGCUACCUGCAUUGCUUCCCUAUGCAAUAGGAAAUCCUGUCAGGUGCUUCUUAGCAUGGGAGCUGAGGUCGAUAGCAGGGAUAACAAGUUUCGAACACCUCUGAUGUGGGCUUCUCAUGGAAACCACACAAAAUGUGCGGUGAUUCUUCUUGACUCCAAAGCUUCUGUUGACCUACAGGAUGUCGGUAGUGAUACUGCUUUGCAUGCAGCGUGUGGUCAGGGUCAUCCAGCUAUUGUGAAGUUACUGUUGGACCAUGGUGCAUCCUCAGCAUUGAGGAAUAAACAAGGUCUUACUUGUUUAGAAGUUGCCGCGAAAGCAGGAUCGUGUGAUGCCGCCAUGGCGAUUGCCAAACACGAAAGGUUAGCAGAGUACAAUACAAUACAAUACAAUACAAUGCCCUUUAUUUAACGUGGUCAAUUUUCUUAGCUAAUCAGCUACUUUACAGACAUGCCACAAAAAAUAAAUAAAUAAACUAGAAAUAAUAAUAGAAAGAGACGAUUUCUCAUGAAAACCUAUAUAAAAAAUAUAUAUACAGUUAAAAAUUAUUAAAACUAAGAGUAGAUCACGACAUUAUUACAUAAUGACGUUAAAACUAAGCCAAAUGUAUUUAAAUGUAUUUGGGCGAUUAAAAUUUAAAAUUUGAAAAAUCCAACUUAGACAUUAAGUUCUUAAAUUUUCCGAUUUUAUUAGCGGCACGAAACUGAUCCGGAAGAGCGUUCCAAAUCUUAGCUGCAGUAUAACGCCACGAUUUAAGUCCAUAGGUGGUUGUAUUUACUUUGGGUAGCUCGAGGAUGUGUUUUCCUCUAAGAUUAUAAAUGCAGUAGCUCUCCUAUCGCUCCGGGGACUUUAUACCCAUGGAUAGCUUUGUAAACACCGGUGGCCAUUUUAACAAUUCUUUGAUUAAGUGGGGACAGCAAGUUUAGUUUUUUUAGCAACGUCUCGUACGUAGCUCGUUCAUUGAUUUUUUCAAGUUUGGCGCAACCUCUUUUACCACAGUGAUGCCACGACUCUGAGCAGUAAUUGAAAUGCGGUGCAAUGAAAGCACGAUAUAUAUCUAUCCGCAAUUCAAAAGGUAAUAUUUUCUUCAAACGAUUAAGAACAGCAACCUGUUGACUAACUGUACGGCAGAUUUUACGAAUCUGUCCCUCAAACUUAAGCUUGUUAUCGACAGUGACGCCGAGGAGUUCCAUUUCGUCUUGAAUAGGGAUAACGGUUCCUUCACAGGUCAACACUGGAUUUCUCUCGACCCUUUCAAAAGUAAUUGCUUGAUAUUUUGAAUGCUUUCUUUUCAUUUGAUUGAAUUCAAAACACUCAUCACCCUUUUUCAGAUCAGCAUUUAUGGCAUGUUCAACCUGGUCGAUAUUUUCCGCAGACUUAAACAAUUGAGUGUCGUCGGCAUACGUGAAUAAUGUACAUUCGUCUAUAGCAUAAGACAGGUCAUUCAUGAAAAUAUUAAAGAGAAUGGGACCCAAAAUUGAUCCCUGGGGGACAUCCUUCAUUAUGGUUUUCAUAGAAGAGUGUUGUCCACUCAAUCUGACACGUUGCUGUUUGGCACUUAAAUAAUUCGUAACGAGAUUGAUAACUUUUGUCAUGAGUAUCCACCGUUAUCUUCAAGCUUUUUGAUAAUCAGGUUAUGGGGAAGGGUGUCAAAUGCUUUUGAGAGAUCCAUAGACACCAGACUAAUAAGUUUGUGAUUAUCUAAUUCUUUCUUGAAUUGUUCAGUUACACUAAGGAUAGCUGUGUCGCACCCAUGAUAAUCUCUAUAUGCAAAGACAUUGUUAUGAUAAAUAUCUUCAAAGUGUGAAGCAAGUCUUGAGUGAACGAGUUUUUCAAAAACUUUGGAUAAGACCUGCAGGAUUGUUAUAGGGCGAUAGUUUGUCUUUGUUAACGUACAGUCUUUCUUGUGGACCGGGACAAUUUCACCUAGUUUCCAACUCGAAGGCACUUUUCCCCUUUCAAAUAGAAAAUUCACUAAAAAGCUGAAAGGCUGACACAUAAUUUCAGCGGAUUCUUUGACAGCUCGAGCUGGAAUUUAAUCACGUCCAGUAGCAUUGUUUGUCUUAAGAUCCUUUAUAAUUCUCUUCACUUCACCUGGGCUUGUAUUUGUUAAGGUGAAGGGCGGGAUUGAUGAGCUUUUAUUGUCUGGUAUGACUUUGGAGGCAAUUGAUUGAAGUCAGGGUGCUGAGAACUUGAAAACAUUCUGCCAGAACCUCGGCGACUUUCUUUUGUUCUCUAAGGAAACCACCAUUGUCUUUCAAAACAAUACGCUCAUUGUGGAAAGACUGUUUUUUCCUGGAUGAAAUAUACGGUCUUAUUGUGUUCCAAAACUUCUUUUGAUCUGAAUAUUUAUCAUCGCAGAUUCUUGAAAAGUGAUCUCUUACUCUUUUCCUCCUCAUACUAACAAGUCUGUUUCUUAGUUGGCGGUAUUUUUCCCAGUCUUCAGGCUUUCUGGACUUGUUGAACUGCCUUUACAGCGAUUACGUUCUCUCAUCACUUCCCGUAAUUCAGGGUUUAUAAAUUGAAAUUGAUCGCGAUGUUGUCGGCGAAACGAUUUAACUGGAGCAUGGUCAUUCAGAUCUUCAACGAACAAUUUUCCCAAGCCCAAUAUACAUCUUCAGGUUCAUCAAAGACGUAAGCCGUCGAAAAAGGAACCAAACUAAGGUCGUUACAAAAAGAGCCUUCAACAAAAUUCUUGAAAGAGCGCACUCGGAUAAUUUCGGGUUCAGGUUGCGGUAUUUUCUUAUUUAGAACCGUUAAAGUAUAAACUAGGCAAUGAUCACUGAGGCCAACCUCCAAAGUUCCUGUUUCUCUGAAAUGACCUGGAACAUUCAUCAGGAUAACAUCUAAGCAUGAAGAACGCUGAGGAGAUAUUCUUGUGGGUGAAUUAUUUAAAGAAUCCAGAUCAUAAAUGUCACAAAUGUCCAGCAGACAUCUUAAUGUCAGUAAUAAUUAGCUUAAGCCAACUCAAUAACAAUAAAGUUACUACAAAUUGCAAAUAUAUUAUCUCACCUUUAAUUUUGUAAUACCUGCCUGAAACCCCCCCACCCCAAACAAACAAAGAAAUAGGUUUGAAGCCCCGGAAAGAUCCUUUCCACAAAGUUGGUGGAAAGGAUACUCGUAACUUAACAGUUGGUAAUCCAAAGGAGUUUUCGAAAGAACAAUAUAAUGAUUAGAAAUACACGACAAGAGUCAAACAAGUUAAGGAUCGCUAUUUUCAUUUUCGAUUCCUGAAAUGAAAGCGCCGAGUUUGUUAUUAGCUGGUUUUGUCUCUCUCGAGAUGAAAAGAAGCGAGCUUCAUUCUCUGUGCCAGUAUUCAGAUAGAAAAUCGUGUUUGCCAGGUCAGGACUGUUGGAGAGGCCACGUUAUGUAAUACUCCUAAUUAAAUAAUUUAUAAUGGUGCUUAUGAAUACAUCGUAAUAUAUACAUUGUGUGUGUGUGGGGGGGGGGGGAAGGGGGAGGAAACGUCGAAUGUCAAGUCAAUUUGUUUGCUUUUACCGGCAAUUUUAAAGGGGGAGGGAACUUGAGCAAUUUCAAAUUUCAAACGUUAAAACUGAACUCUCACCCCUGGUUGAAAACUUCCCAGAGGCAGCUGAAUUUCUUUUUGUUCAAUGCUACCGUCCCUAGAUCGGAGAGGCGCGGUGUAGGGAAAGAUUGCGUGAGAGUAUGGAAAAAUAAUUUGUUUGUCGAGGCUGGGGUUGGGGAGCAGCACCUGUUUAUAAUAUAUUUAUUUUAUUAUUUUUUGUUGGUGUGAGUUAAGAUUGUUGUAAUGGUUGUGUGGGGGGGGGGGGGGGGGGGGGGGAAGGGGGAGGAAACGUCGAAUGUCAAGUCAAUUUGUUUGCUUUUACCUGCAAUUUUAAAGGUGGAAGGAACUUGAGCAAUAUCAAAUAUCAAACGGUCAAACUGCAAUCUCACUCCUGGUUGAAAACUUCCCAGAAGCAGCUGAAGUUGUUCUUGAUCAAUGCGUACGUUCCUCGGACCAUCUCAACCCAGCCGACCCAGACUACACUGUAACUUAUGACUUCAAGCACCUAGAUCCUGGUCCAGAUGCUGACAUGUCGAGUGGAAGGUUUUCCACUGUUCAGAUGAUGAUAAAGCACAAGCGUGAACGACUUCUUCUUCAUCCUCUUACGCUGAAAUUUAAUGAACGAAAGUGGCAGAGUUUAGGAAGAUACGUCUUCUUAUUCGACUUUGUUACUUAUCUCUUGCUUAUGGUGCUCUUUACUGUAUUUAUAGUCGACGAUAGGUCAGACCAGACCUUCAGUGAACCACUAAAGCAAAAACCGUCAGAUUAUUACUACGACGAAGACGACCCCUUCAGAGGAACUAUGUCAUUUUUGAUCUUGACUUUCUCCUUGCUCCACAUAUGCAAAGAACUGUUGCAAAUUUACGUUCAGCGUUGGAACUACUUCAAGGACCUGUCUAAUUACCUGAACUGGGCACUGUAUAUCUCUUCAGCCUUGUUUAUGGUCCCCUACGUCGCAAAGCCAGAAGACGUCGACAAGUUUUUUGCCAGUACGAAGGCCCCCUUAGUACUUUGGAAUAUUGGAGUUGUUGCAAUCUUCGUGUGCUACACCAACAUGAUGCUGUUUCUCAGAAGAUAUCGCUUGUUUGGCACUUACAUCUCAAUGUAUAUUGAAGUGACGAAGACUGUAUUCCAAGUUAUGUUCGUGUUUGUUUUUCUGGUUCUGGGAUUUGCAUUGGCUUUUUUCGUCCUCUUUAAAGAACAGGUAAGUUAGUUCUCAGGUAUUGUUGGCUAGUCAGUUAAUCUUGCGAGGAAAAACCAGAAUUCUGUAAUUACUGAGUUAAUUUAACUAUAAAAAAAGAUAAGAAAGAAACCUUAGGUUUUAAGAUGCAGACAAAAUGCCCCUUUUCCUUUAUAGAGAUUUCCCUUCAAUAGAGGUUGAUACAACAGCGGAUACAAAGAUUACAUGAACAUUUUUCCGGGACCAAAUUUUGUUCUCCCUUGAUGGAGGUGUCCCAACGGAAAGGUUCCACUGUAUCAAACAUAUCCAGGAAGACUAUUAGAAGAUGACGUCAAUUCAGUUCAACUACGUACUAGUAUCCUAUGUUUUGAGGGAUCCGAACCCCCAAAGGUUCUUUCGUUAAAAAAAUAAAUAAUUAAAAACAGUAGUAAAUAUUAUAAUCACUGCUGAUCGAAGAGCGUUGUGACAAUUACCAAAACGUUUCUCGUUGUAACUGAUGCUGGACCAGUUUAGGGUUUUGGUUUUUAGCAAAUCAUCACAUCUGCUCUAUUUAGCCCUCUCGUGAACAUUUCUAGUUUCAAUUAACACUACGGUCUUGAACGCGCUUGACCUCCCAUUUUUGUUUUCCUUUGACAGUCGCUAACUUAAUGCAGGGAGAAGCCAAAGAUCGCGUUUUGUUGGCUGGCAAAGACGUAUCGAAACCGGUCCCUUGAUUUUACCGAUUAUUCCAAGCAACCUAUAGCGAUUUUUGGCUCGUCCCUGCUUCAAGGUACUGACACAGAAAACAGUAGAAGUCUUUUUUUAAGCGAACGCUGUUCAUUGCACUAAAUUGCCAAGAGUCGACUAAUGGUGUAACUCCACUGUUAGUAUGCAACUAUAUGUAAACCUCAUGAAACCCAAUUCGGGCGAGCGCUCGAAACGUUCGCUUGUGAGUCAAAUUAAAUGGUGGCCGAUUUUCUUUAUCUACUCACUUGGUAAAACCGCAUUUUAUCUCAUCAUUAUCAUUCAGGAUGCAUUCCAUUCAGUGCAUCAUUCCCUGCUCCGCGUGCUUGUGAUGAUGAUUGGUGAACUGGACUUUCUAGAAACCUUCAUAAACACCAUAGGAGAGAAGAGUGAAGAGAACACGAAUCUGUUAAAUCCAUUCCCUUUUACUGGACAGUUCUUCCUCUUUUUGUGCUUGUUUUUCCUUACUACCGCUCUGAUGAACCUUUUGGUAAGGAAUUGGUUUGAUAUGUAUUUUUAACAGCUGAAAGAGUAGCCUGAGAAAACGGCCGACAUUUCGCGACAGUUUCCCCGCGAAAUGACAUCUGAGAAACGAGUACAGAAAUUCCAUACUGAUGACGUGUCACUACCCUGACCUGGGUAGUGCUCUUAAUUAGUUGAAGGAAAUUUCCCUCGCUGCACGACCAAUCGGAAGUUCUGACAAGAUCUGGGAAGUAAAACGUCAUCAGUAUGAGAUUUCUGUGCUCGUUCCUCAGACAUCAUUUCGCAGGGAAACCAUCGGUGGCGUCCAAAAGUUCGGCUGUUUCCUCAGGCUGUUGAAAGAGCCUGUUGUAGUUUUCUGCGCAUAUGUAGGACUUUGAGUUUUAAUUCGAAAGAACAGUUUUCAAAUAUAAAUUUGGUAAUGAAAAAACACUUUUCCAACUGGUAUCGAUUUCCUUAGAACUGUGUAGGCUAAUGUUAAAUUUGUCGAAACAAUCACGCGUCAUCUGUAAAGGUUCUGCACAGGACAUUUUUUAUCUUUUCUAAGUCCAAAUCUAAAUGUGGUUUAGUCGACAACAUCCACGAGGGACAUCACGCCAACUCUAAAACACUUAGGAUUGGAGAUAUAAAUUUUAAACGAAGAUAUGAUCAUUGCAGUGGUAAUUGAAAUUUAAGUAAUUGCAAAUAAACCCGAAAAAAAAAUUUGAGACUUCAACGGGAUUCGAACCCAAGGCCUCUGCGUUACCGCUGCGUGCUGUACCAUUUGAGCUAUGAAGACCCAUCCCUGGGAGCAGGCCAAAUUGUUGAGUUCAUCUCAACCCUUGAAAGGAAUAAAACAAUGAUGAUGUGGAUUGCGGAGACCGAGGCACAAAUUUUAAAUAGAGAUAUGAUCGUCGCAGCGGUAAUUGCCAUUACCACUUGUUGAUUACAAGUUAGUCAUUGGCCUUGAAAGAGCCCGCACACGACGUUGUUAGUUAAAGCCGUAUAUGCGCAUUUUAAUGAUGGUCGAAAGUAGCUUCGCGACUACUUUGGGUUUUGGUACACGCGCUCGGUUGGUCACGUCUAACUGACAGUAAGUUCAUCGUAUUCUUGCCGUGACUGCCAUUAAAAAAACAUUUUUAAUCAAGAAAAAAAAGAUAUAACCGUAUUUACUGGAACGUUCUAGCUACAGCGAUCAGUUACCUUAAAGGUUCUUUGAUGUAGCUAUUUUUCGAAGAUGGCGAUGUGGGGUUUAGCAAGUGAAGUUCGCUGCGUUGAACAGUUUUUAAUUUCAUGUAAUGGGCGGAUGACAUAAGUGGUCCAAUAAUAAAAAAAGUAUUUGGCGAAGCACUUCGUAACAAAUUAAGCCAACCAGAAACGGACAAGUCAGACGAUAUACUAAGUUUACUUUUACAAAUGUUUAUUUUAUUGUAAUAAAUUUUACCGCACAAUUUUCUUGCAGGUUGGUCUGGCCGUGGGAGACACCAAAACAAUGAAGAAAUAUGCCACGAUCAAGAGACUUGUGAUGCAACUGGAAUACCAGUUUAAAAUAGAGGAGGCGUAUCCCAAAUACAUUAUCCGAAAGGUUUACGAAAGCAUUCAUGUAGAGAAGCCCAACAAGCUGUCUAGAGUCAACAGGUAUACCUCAUUUUGACCAAAUGGCGGUAAUAAAGCGUAUGUGUGUGUGUGUUCUCAUAGUUCGUUUGUUCGUGGGCACUCAUAUAACUGUCACCGAAUAUUUUCAGUCAGGUUUUCUUUUCAUUAACGUUUAUUCUAAAUAUUGCUUGUCGCAAAAUCGCUUUGGAUAUUUUAAUUCAUAUUUUUGCCUAGAUAGUGCAAGACCACGAAAUUGUCUUGGUUGCCAGGAGUUGCUGGAAUAGAAAGGCAAUCACCGCCUAAUAUUUGCAACAGCUAUUGCUACACUGUUGAUCAGUUUCGAUCAGUUUUCUUGAUAGGGUUACCGGAAAUUGGAAUUCCCAUAUCGGUGGUAAAAUUCGAUUGAAAGGAAAAUACAUUUCAACUUGUUUUACUCCUCAGAAUAGAAGAGUGGCUCCAUGCAAGGUUUGCGGAAGCAGCUCCAGAACCGGUCAAAGAGGGUCAAACAUCUGAAUUUGCUGAACUAAAAGAAGAGAUUUUAAAAAUCAAGAAGAGGAUCAAAUCUAUGAUGGCCAUGUUGGAGGCCCUAAAACAAGCUGCUCAAGAACCUGGCAGUUGCCGUCGACCCAAAAUUUAA